ACAUUAUAGAAUGGCAAAUGUAACGGGUGCUCACAGUUCAGACUCGGUCCUGCUCUGUCACCACAGUGCCCAUUACACCUUUGGUCCAAUGUGGCUUCAGGACAGAACAGGACAGCACCCCUACUGGUCUGAACUAACCUGGAACUUGGUACCUUUCACAGAGACACAGGAGAGUUCAGACCUGAGAGCGGCAGGCUGCUCAACCUGCAUCUUCUGUCUGUCUGUCUCUCUGUCUAUCUGUCUUCUCUGUCGCCGCAGCUGGAGCCCCGCUAUGGACCCGAACUGAAAGGUGUUGCAGGAAGUAAUUGAUAUGCUUCUAGUGGUCAUCUUCUGCAGUUCGGUGUCCGGUAUGGUCCAGCUCAGGUGGAUGUUGGAUUUGACGAUGUUGAGUGUGGCUUUGCUGGAAAAGGCAGGAGGAAUGAAAUUGUGACUGCAUUCAUGUUUGCUGGCCUGGAGCUCAAAUCAACCAGAAGUGUUCAUCGAAGCCAUCAGGUCUUUGUGCUGUAAAAGAGAGCCUGCUUCAUCCAAUCAGGACAGAGAUCUCCACAAAAAAGGUGGUCCUGUCUGCUCCAGCAACACGAAAAGAGCAUGAUCCUCCUGUUCUGGCACCUACAUCGGCAAAAGGGGGAACAGGGAAAGCUUCCAAUUCUAGCGUUCACAGUGACAGCUUCUACUACCAAAAGAAGCAAGGAGAGCUGCCUCGACACAAAGAAAGGAGUAGUGCAAGUGUGGUGACAUAGAGAGGAGGGAGAGCAUUGCUAACUGCAAAACGGACAGGAAGUGUUUCCUGACACACUGAUAGAAGACUGGAUGUGGUUGUAGCGAUGGUUAAGUCAGGGUGGGGGGUGUGGGCCUUCUCCCCCUGCUGCCUCCUUCUGGUCAUCUGUUCAUCCGUGUGUCUGUCCCGGCCGCCUCACAUCAAACCAGCGGACUGUAGUAGAAAGGAACAUCCUGUCGUCUCCUACCAAGCAUUGAAGCCGUGGCUAUCAGAGUUCUUCCAUCCAGGAGUGAAGGAUUUCUCCCAGUUGGCCCUGGACCUGAGCAGAAACCAGCUCAUUGUAGGAGCAAGGAACUUCCUGUUCAGACUGAGUUUGAGCAAUGCCUCACUCAUACAGAUGACAGAUUGGGCCCCUGAUGAGGAGACAAAGCAGUCAUGUCAGAGCAAGGGCAAGUCUGAGGAUGAGUGUCAAAACUACAUCCGGGUUUUGUUGAUAAGUGGGAGGACACUCUUCACAUGUGGGACCAACGCUUUCACCCCUGUGUGCAUAACCAGGCAGGUUGAUAACAUCAGCCAGGUGCUGGACACGGUGAAUGGUGUUGCCAGAUGUCCCUACGACCCGCGCCACAAUUCCACGGCCAUGGUAACCGAGAGGGGCGAGCUGUAUGCCGCCACCGUGAUCGACUUCUCUGGACGUGACCCUGUCAUCUACAGGAGCCUGGGGAACAUGCCGCCACUGCGAACCGCCCAGUAUAACUCCAAAUGGCUCAACGAGCCUCAUUUUGUCUCUGUGUACGAGAUUGGCCGCUUUGCCUACUUCUUCUUAAGAGAAACGGCAGUUGAAAAUGACUGCGGGAAGAUGGUGUUCUCUCGCGUGGCACGGGUCUGUAAGAACGACAUGGGCGGACGCUUCCUUUUGGAGGACACGUGGACGACCUUCAUGAAGGCCCGACUCAACUGCUCACGCUCAGGAGAGAUUCCCUUUUACUACAAUGAGCUGCAGAGUACCUUUUACUUACCAGAGCAAGACCUGAUCUAUGGCAUCUUUACCACUAAUGUGAACAGUAUAUCUGCCUCUGCUGUCUGUGCCUUCAAUCUGAGCUCCAUCACCCAGGCCUUCAACGGACCCUUUCGCUACCAGGAGAAUCCCCGCACUGCCUGGCUCUCUACCCCAAAUCCCAUACCCAAUUUUCAGUGUGGGACACUGGAGGAGGGAGGCGUUGGGGGGAACCUGACGGAGCGCAGCCUCCAAGACGCCCAGCGGCUCUUCCUCAUGAAUGAUGUGGUCCAGCCGGUCACUGUAAACCCUCUGCUCACCCAGGACAACUUGCGCUUCUCCAAGAUGGUAGUGGACAUCGUGCAGGGCAGAGACAACCUCUACCAUGUGAUGUACAUCAGCACUGAGUACGGCACCAUCCUGAAGACUCUCUCCACAACCAAUAAAAGCCAUCAUGGCUGCUACCUGGAGGAGCUCAGAAUCCUCCCUGAGGGGCAAGUUGGACAAAUCAAGAGUCUGCGAAUCCUCCACAGUGACAGAUCUUUGUUUGUUGGGCUUGAUGACAGACUAGUGAAGAUCCCAUUAGAGCGCUGCUCCAGCUAUCCAACUGAACGUCAUUGCAUGGAAGCUCGGGACCCUUACUGUGGCUGGGAUCACAAGCAGAAGCGCUGUACCACCAUUGAGGGGAGCUCCAACAUGAACCAGUGGACCCAAAACAUCACCGAGUGCCCAGUGAGGAACCUGACACAGGAUGGCAGUUUUGGUCCGUGGGCACCAUGGCAGCCUUGUAAUCACCGCGAUGGCGAGGGCUCUGUCAGCAGCUGUGUGUGUCGCUCGCGGAUGUGUGACGGACCCGCGGCUCGAUGUGGCGGGAUUGAAUGUAAAGGUUCGACUAUCCAGGUGGCAAACUGUUCCAGGAAUGGUGGCUGGACCCCCUGGUCUUCAUGGGGCCAGUGCAGCAGUAGCUGUGGUAUCGGGUUUGAAGUACGCCAGCGGUCCUGCAACAACCCCUCACCUCGCCACGGGGGUCGAAUCUGUGUUGGCCAGGGUCGAGAGGAGAGGCUGUGCAAUGAGAAAAAGCCCUGUCCUCUGCCAGUGUUGUGGACAGCAUGGGAAUCCUGGGCUCACUGCAAUGCAGAAUGUGGAGGGGGUGUCCACUCCAGGACCAGAAUUUGUGAGAAUGGCAACAGCUGUCCUGGGUGUGCCAUGGAGUUUAAGGCCUGUAACCUUGAAGCCUGCCCUGAGGUGCGCCGCAACACUCCCUGGACCCCCUGGAUGCCAGUCAACAUCAGUCAUGAUGGAUCGAGGCAAGAGCAGAGAUUUAGGUAUACCUGUCGGGCGUUGAUCCCUGACCCCCAGCAGCUCCAGCUGGGGAAGAAGAAGGUGGAGACGCGGUUCUGCCCUAAUGAUGGGUCUGGAGUCUGCAAGACUGACUCUGUGGUUGAAGACUUGGUGAAGACAAGCGGGCAAACUCUCUCCCAGCCCCAAGGUGUGCACUGGGGACCAUGGGAAAUGUGGUCCAGCUGCUCUCAGCCGUGUUCUAAGGGCUUCCGGACUCGCAAACGCAGCUGCUCGACGACUGAGGGCAGGACCAACCCCAGCGCCUGCAUAGGAUCCCCGGUGGAGUAUCAGGACUGCAACGCUCAACCCUGUCCAGUGAAUGGAGCCUGGUCUUGCUGGUCCUCCUGGUCCCAGUGUUCAGCCAGCUGUGGGGGUGGACACUACCAGCGGACACGGAUGUGCAGUAAUCCACCCCCCGCCAGCGGAGGUGACAUCUGUAUAGGCCUACACACUGAAGAGGCGCUCUGUAAUACACACGUCUGUGAAGGCUUGGGUGAGUGGGCAGAGUGGGGGGACUGUGACGACGAGGGUCUGCAGCAUCGCAAUCGUCACUGUGGGGAAGACCAGGAGGUUGAGGCUAGCUCCUGCCAGGGCAACAUCACCCAGUCUAGGCCAUGUCAACCUCAUGAGGUGCCAGUUAUUUUGCCCGGACAAGAGGACCAGAGCUGUGGAACCUUUACUUUAUUCCAGUUGGUAGCUGUGGGCUCAGCCAGUUUCUUUGCAGCAGCGUUACUGUCGGCCCUUGGCUACUCCUACUGCCACUACCUGAACCGACCGUCGGCAGAGUCAGCAGUCAUCCACCCGAGCACGCCCAACCACCUCACCUACAACAAGCAGGGCAACAGCAUGCCAAAGAAUGAGAAGUACAUCCCCAUGGAGUUUAAGACGCUAAACAAGAACAAUCUCCAUGUGAACGAAGAGACGUGCAACCACUUCCCCUCCCCGCUGGCCUCCAGCAACAUGUUCACCACCACAUAUUACCCUACCGGCCUAAGCAAGUAUGACUUCCAUCCAGAGUCCCCCUGCAGGAGCUACAUGCACAGCUGAGAAUAGGCAACCGGCUUCUACAAACAAACCAACCCUCUUUACUCACCCAAACACCACCCUGAAGUGUUUCCUCCUUCAUAAAAUACAUUUUGAUUGAUUAUCAAUGGAGUGGCUGAGAGAAUCCUCAAUGGACACUAAAGUCUCUCCUCAGAUCCAGUUGGCCUUUCUCUUCCGUUCAAAUUUGUAGAGCAGUUCAUGAGAUCUUAAAGGCUUGGUUCACCUAAAUCUUUUGUGAUCUUGCCACGUAGAUAUUUUUGGUUUUCUUUGUCUACAUUUUGAAGAUAUGAGCUGACCGGAACUAAGACAGUAUUGAGCAACGUCUCUUUGCCAGAAGCAAACUUGACUUUUUAUAAUCCACAGACCUCACUGCAAACUGUUUAACAAGGAAUAUUGCUUUAGUAGAAGGUACUUCAAAUUCACAAGUUGUGUGUGACGUUGUUGGAAACGGAAUAAAUGGCUUGUGGAGUGAGAUUUGUAAACUGUUUGGUCCUUCCACUUCAGCUGCAUCAUUCUUUCUAUACAUCUAGAGAGAGAGCACUCCGUGGAUGACAUUGUUGUUGCAUACAACUCGAGUACAGACUGCAAAGAGAUUUCUGUGGCGAGCAUACAGCAGAGGCAAGUGACAUUUGAUGAAGGGGGUAAAAAUUGACAAGACAAAGUUGAAAAAUGAAAUGAGCUCCGUCUCAGAAGUCACCCACCCUGAGGUGCUCCGCUCGUACUCAGGACGUAGUUCCAGGGUUCCAACUAGCCUUCAGACAUUAGAUGUACCUGGACUGUCACUGGACUGAGAAUUGUUUUUGGGGGGAUUUUCUUUCUUCUCGUUUUCAACAGGUGAGUUCAGACGACUUCAUGAUGCUGUAGAUUAUUUGUCUUGGACACAUACCUUUGGGUCGCCAUCAGUAAAGACGGAUAAACAAAAAAAAAAAGUGAUCAAACAGAAGUGUGUAACAUCCACAGUUCACCCUUCAGGAAAUGGAGGAAAAAACUGAACAGACAUUCAGAUUUCUGUCUUUUUUGCUUUAAUGUUCAAAAAACAGCAUUUUCACUCUUAAUAUGUACUGUUCUUCUUAAAAAUGCCAAUUUGUGUUGAGUUGUUUUCUGUCAUGAGAUUAUAUGAAGAUUUUAGGUGUGUUCAGUGAUGUAACUGUAUUCAGCCCAGUCGCCAGGGUAAAUGUUGGGAUUGUAUGUUCCUGCAAACCACAGAUAUUUUUGAAACUUUUUAGGUUCAAUAUUUAAAAAAUGUGAGAUUCUUCGAGUUGGUGCGUUGGUUUUGCCCACGUUGAUUGCUGUCUGUGCACAACUCUGCAAGACUGUUGAUUGAUAUGAUCACUAACAUAGAAGAGGUUUUGGCCACCAAUCCAUUAUCCAGUUGCAGAGAGUUAUGUUUUCCAGUUUCAUGGGUGAGAUUGUCUUGAAUGCUGAGCUGAAGUCAACAAACUGUGGUUUCACACUUGCAAAUGUUGAAACGCUAGCUCAAAAAGUGGCCUCUUGCUCGGCAGCCCAGCUGACAUGACACCAGCAUCCCUUAAGAACUGAAACGGAUGUGCCUGUAAUGUGAAUGUGAUAUGACUAGGUCUAAUGGAAAUGUUGUUAUGGUACAUCUGAUACAUACAGAUAUGAACAUAUCAGUGGUUUGCUGAAAUACAGGAGAAAUAUUGUUCUGGUGACUGGGCUGCGACAUUUGUAUCUAUAUUUGCUGCCACAAAAUGAUUUGUUUUUCUUAACAUAUGGGGUGUUUUUUGUCAGUCACGCUCCUCUUUUGUCACCAAAUACAAUACACCUAUACUGUAUAUUUAAGAGCUUCUCACCAGAACAUGGACACACCAUAAAUCAGCCACAGAAACAACAACAGAAAGGUUGCUUAACAAUAUAUAUAACUGAUGUAUUAACUUGCUCGAGCAGGUAACAAGUCUCUACAUUUGCUUUAACUGUGUGCUGAAAUGAAGGGAAAGUAAUGGCUGCCCAUAAGCAGUAGAAACAUCUGUAAGACAUCUGUGUACAAAAUGUUUCCAGCAAUGUUGAGUGGUAUAACUUUGAGAUUUGUUACGUGAUAAAAAUGUGCAACACAUUGUUUUUUUUUUUUUUCCUAUUAGGGACAAGAUGUUGGACUACGACUAUGAAUUUCUCUUCUAUGUUUUUGAAUACAAGCACCGUAUUGGUGAGCAACACAUUAUUUGGCUUUUUACACUCUUCUGUGAAUGCAUUGGUUUCCUCCAGGUGCUCCAGUUAACAGUCCCAAAACAUGCAGGUUAGGUGACGUAGACACUGUAAAUGAUCCAUAUGAAUGAAUAUGAAUGACUGUUUUGUUUAUCAGGUAUUAAUGUUGAGUGCAUAACAUUACCAGUGUUUGUAUAAAUCUGUUUUUCACAAUCCUUUUGCACGUUUCACAAAACUGUGAGUUAUGUAUGUAUUAUGCUUGCAGGUUACAUUCACUCCUUGAUAUACAAAUUUGGUAAUAACUUGUUUUAGGGGUUUAUAAUUUCUCAAAAAUUUCCCAAAAAUUUUCAUUUGGUACAAAUUAUGGUAAAAAAAAAAAAAGUUUUGUUUUUAUAGAAUUGCCUCAUUCAAAUCUAAGUCUAUUUAUUUCAUGUAUUUAUUAUUCCUAUAUUCUUAGAAUUUUAUCCCCCAUAUAUGUUGAAUGCAUUUGCCAGAAGAUAAAUGUGACAUUUUUGCAUGUUCAACUGACCUGCUCCACGCUGGCUACAACAAUCUUGAGGUUAUGAAAGCAAUUAAUCGGAACUGUACCAGAUGAAUACCAUCGCUAUGUCAUGUUACAAAAACAGUUUAAAUCAACAGGUUAAGAAAAAUCCAUACAUGUGUACAUAAUUCCCAAUGUAACUGUAAAUUUCCUUUUCAGGGUAUUUCCAUUCAUAUGUGGAAAAGCCAGUCACUUGUGAAAAUGACCAGUACAUAUGCGACACGUUGUUUUAUGUGAAAAAAGUCAAUUGCAAAUGUGGAAUUCUCACGUUUUUAUCAAAAUUUCAUGUGAUUUAAUUUGUCAUGUUUUGCUCACACGUGCGUUUCUCAUGUGAAUGAGUGUGAUUCACAUGUGAGAAUGUACGUUGUGCAUGUGACAUUAUUUUCACAUUUUACAUUUUAAUUUACAUACAGUAUGUAUAUAGCCACAUAAAUUGCCAUACGUGAAAACAUUUGAUUCUACUGUGAAAUUCAUGCAGUAGAAUAAUAAUAGAAAUAAUUCUAUGAUCACAGAAAUCUACACAUCGGGCUCUCAACAAUGAAACAAAUUUAUAUUUGUCACAUAAUAUUUAAAGUGCUCUGUACUGUAAAAUUGUGCAAUGCAUAUUGUGUGUUUCUAAAUUGUAAAUGCCAAGAAAUAAAUGAAUGUGUUUUCUCACCA